CCUCCUCUCUCUCUCUCCUCCCCUCCCACACCUCCUGCGCGGAUGGAUACAGCCCCUGGGUGUGCAGCUCAAGGACAGCCAGCGAUGCUGAAGUUUUCAAAAAGUUUCUGCUGAAGUUUGGAGACGCGGGUUCGGGGUGGGGGGGAUUGAACCGAGGAUUGCGCCGAGACUUCGCCACCCCAUCCCCCAAACCAGGCGUAUUUUGUUCUUUUAUUUUAUUCCCCCUCCCACCUGAUCUUUCCUAUGAUAAUUCGGACUUUCUGGGCUGCACGUUUGAAUGGAUGUAUAAGUUAAUCGAGGGGAACUCCGAACUUUGAAACGGCGAGUAAUGGGGGAUUUAAAACUCUGGAAUUUACUCUGGGGGCUCUGGCUGGCGGUUGAAUGUGGAGCUCUGCAGUGUCGGGAUAACCACCGUCCUUGUGAGAAUAAUGGACGCUGCAUCAAGAGCCCGCAUGGAGAUGCAUCUUGCCUAUGUCGGCCUGGUUACCUUGGGGACUUGUGCCAGUUUUCUGACCCCUGCCAAAGGACACCAUGUUUAAACGGAGGAAUAUGCUCCAGUUCCGUAGUUGGUGGCACCACACAGUAUACAUGCAGCUGUACACGAGGGUUCCGAGGAGCUAACUGCUCACAGAUAGACGCCUGUGCUACCAGCCCAUGUGCGAACGGAGCUCGCUGUACAAACUGGAACAACCGCUACAACUGUACAUGCCCACCAGGAUUCAGUGGGAAGCACUGCCGCACGGACAUUGACGAAUGCAAAGUGCCCAACCUCUGCAAGCAAGGAGGCCUGUGUGUGAACACCCCUGGCUCGUUCUAUUGCCAGUGCCCAGCUGGCUUCACAGGGCGCCAGUGUGAGAGUAUCUACGUCCCCUGUGCCCCCUCGCAAUGCCAGAAUGGAGGGACCUGCCGGCAAACUGGGGACCUGACCUACGAAUGUGCCUGUUUACCAGGUUUUAAGGGACAGAACUGUGAAAUUAACAUAGAUGACUGCCCUGAUCACAAGUGCAUGAAUGGAGGAACCUGUGUCGAUGGUGUUAACACCUACAACUGCCAGUGUACACCAGAAUGGACAGGUCAGUUUUGCACAGAGGAUGUAGAUGAGUGCCACCUGCAACCCAAUGCUUGUCAUAAUGGAGGAACCUGCUCCAACAUACCUGGCGGCCACACCUGUGUAUGUGUCAAUGGCUGGACGGGAGAUGACUGCAGCGAGAACAUCGAUGACUGUGCCACUGCAGUGUGCUUCAACGGAGCCACAUGCCACGAUCGGGUGGCAUCCUUCUUCUGUGAAUGCCGCAUUGGAAAGACGGGCUUGCUAUGUCACCUCGAUGAUGCCUGUGUCAGCAACCCAUGUCAUGAGGGGGCUAUCUGUGAUACCAACCCAGUGACUGGCCAAGCCAUCUGCACAUGUCCCUCAGGAUUCACAGGACCAGCCUGUAAUCAGGAUGUUGAUGAGUGCUCAAUAGGUGCCAAUCCAUGCGAGCACUUUGGAAAAUGUGUGAAUACUGAGGGCUCAUUUCAGUGCCAGUGUGGAAACGGAUACACAGGCCCCCGCUGUGAGACUGACAUCAAUGAGUGCUUGUCCAUGCCCUGUCAGAAUGACGCUACCUGCCUGGACCGAAUUGGAGAGUUCACGUGUAUCUGUAUGCCUGGAUUCAAGGGGAUUUACUGUGAAACUGAUAUUAACGAGUGUGAAAGUAAUCCAUGUGUGAACAAUGGUAAAUGCAUGGAUAACGUGAAUGGCUUUGCCUGCAAGUGCCCCUCAGGCUUUACCGGAUUGAUGUGUCAGAUUGACAUUGAUGAGUGCGCGAGCACUCCCUGCCAGAAUGGAGCCAAGUGUGUCGACAGGCCCAAUGGGUAUGACUGCAAAUGUGCAGAAGGCUUUGAGGGGAAGUUGUGCGAGAGGAAUAUUGAUGACUGCAACCCCGACCCCUGCCAUCAUGGAACCUGUACCGAUGGCAUUGCCAGCUUCACAUGCCAGUGUGAGUUGGGCUACACUGGUUACCGCUGUGAGAAUCAGAUCAACGAAUGUCAUAGCAACCCGUGCCAGAACUCUGGCAAAUGCAUUGAUCUGGUGAACAAAUACCUUUGUCACUGCCAAGAGGGAACUUCAGGUGUCAACUGUGAGAUAAACCAUGACGACUGUGCCAGCCAACCCUGUGAUUAUGGGAUCUGCCAGGAUGGUAUUAACCGCUAUGACUGUAUCUGCAAACCAGGCUUCACAGGCCCGCAGUGCAACCUGGAGAUAAAUGAGUGUGCAUCAAACCCUUGUCAGAAUGGCGGCACCUGCAUCGACGGUGAGGAUGGAUUCUCUUGCCUCUGUCCAGACGGUUACCACGACCCUCUGUGUUACUCCGAAGUGGACGAAUGCAGCAGCAGCCCCUGCAUUCACGGGACUUGUCACGACGACGUCAAUGGGUACAAGUGUGACUGUGAGGCAGGGUGGACAGGAAUGAACUGUGAUAUCGACAAGGUUGAAUGUGAUUCCAACCCCUGCCAGAAUGGAGGCAGCUGCUCUGAUCUGGUGAAUGGCUACAUUUGUAAAUGCAAAGAGGGCUUUCGAGGCCAGCACUGCCAAGUCAACAUUAAUGACUGUGCGUCAAACCCUUGCUUAAACAAAGCAAUCUGUGUGGAUGGGAUCGCUAGUUACACUUGCCAGUGUGAGCUGCCCUAUACAGGACCUAACUGUGAGAAUGUGCUGGUUCCAUGUUCGCCCAACCCCUGUGAGAAUGGUGGAGUUUGUGACCACACUCCCGACUAUGAGGAUUUUGUGUGUACCUGUACGGAGGGAUGGCAGGGACGGAUCUGUCAAGUAGAUGUUGAUGAAUGUGCAACCAACCCCUGCAAGAACCGAGGCUCUUGCACCAACACACUAGGAAGCUACAUCUGUGCCUGUCGACCAGGCUUUGCAGGGCAUAACUGUGAAACGGACAUCAAUGACUGUACUCCCAAUCCCUGUCUGAAUGGCGGUGCCUGCCUGGAUCAAAUUAACUCCUUCAUCUGUAACUGCCUGCCUGGCUUUGCAGGCACCCAGUGUGCCGAUGAGAUCGAUGAGUGCCGGAGCAAUCCAUGCCACAAUGGGGGCACUUGCACCGAUUAUGUCAACAGUUACACCUGUACCUGUAAACCUGGAUUUAAUGGCCUGCACUGCGAGAACAAUAUUCCCGACUGCACUGAGAGCUCCUGUUUCAAUGGAGGGACCUGUACAGAUGGCGUUAAUGAGUAUAGCUGUCAUUGCCGUUCUGGUUUCACUGGUUCCAAUUGCCAGUAUGACAUUGACGAGUGUAACUCACAGCCGUGUCUGAAUGGUGGGGUGUGUGUCGAUGGGUUAGAGUCCUACAGGUGUACUUGCCCUCAUGGGUACACAGGUGACCGGUGUCAGAUCAGCAUAGACUGGUGCAGCAAGUCACCGUGUAAGAAUGGCGGGCGGUGUCACCCAAAAAGAACAUCCUUUACCUGUGAGUGUGCGAGCGGGUGGGCAGGACGUUACUGUGACAUUCCCAACGUGUCGUGUGAAGUGGCUGCCGCACAGAGAGGAGUGGCUAUAACUCAGCUUUGCCAUCACGGAGGCUCGUGUUUCAGUGUUGGAAAUGCACAUCAUUGCAUCUGCCCCAAGAGUUACACAGGCAGCUACUGUGAGAAUGAGGUUGACCACUGUGCCUCCAACCCGUGUCACAGUAGCGCCACCUGCAGGAGCUUCAUUGGAGACUAUAUGUGUGAGUGCAUGCCGGGCUACAAGGGGAAAACCUGCAAGCUGGAGGUGAAUGAAUGUGAGUCAAACCCGUGCCAGAAUGGAGGGACAUGCCUUGACCUGAUUGGCCGCUACAUCUGCUCCUGUCCACCAGGAACCCUGGGUGUACUUUGCGAAAUCAACGAAGAUGACUGUGGUCCAUCUCCCGGUACAAACAUGCCCAAGUGUAUGAAUAAUGGGACCUGUGUGGAUAGAAUUGGAGGCUACACAUGUAACUGCCCUCCAGGGUUCACUGGUGAUCGGUGUGAGGGCGACAUUAACGAGUGCCUGUCCAACCCUUGUAAUCCACAGACAACUAUUGACUGUGUCCAGCUACCUAAUGAUUACCAAUGCGUGUGCAAGCCUGGCUUCACAGGCCAUCAGUGCCAAAGUGUCAUCAACAUGUGCGAAUCUCAACCCUGUGAGAAUGGGGGCCACUGUAAAAUUGCAGUCAAUACACCGCUUGGUUAUACCUGCAAGUGUCAACCGAGCUACACUGGGCCAAAUUGCGAGCGUAGCAUUCUAACCUGUCGAGAGCUGACCUGCCAGAAUGGUGAGCUGUGCACUGAUUCUCCGCUGGGAGCUCGUUGUACCUGCCCACCGGGGAUUGCUGGCCUGGCCUGCCAACUUCCCACCUCCAACCACAGCUGCAGUAGUCGGCCUUGCCGCAACGGUGGCAUCUGCCAGGCCAGCCGGCAGCCUCCCUUCUAUCAAUGUCUGUGCCUGAAGGAGUUUGGCGGGAGGCAUUGCGAGGUGUUGAGGAGGUACCCCCCUCCUUCCAAGGAGACGGCCUGCUCCAUCCGGGAGUGCCAUAGCAGGGCGGGCGAUGGCUACUGUGACCGGGACUGCAACACACCCGCCUGCCAGUGGGAUGGUGGUGACUGCUCACUGUCCGUUGACGACCCCUGGAGGGAGUGCAGCGUUCAGGAGUGCUGGCGCUACUUCAACAACAAUAUCUGUGACGAGUUCUGCAACAGCCGCGAGUGUCUGUAUGACAACUUUGACUGCCAAAGCCAAGAGAAGACCUGCAAGCACAUCUCCAAAUCCAUGGUGGAGGAGGGUCUGAUCAGUGAAAGGGACCUCCAGACUGAACAAUGGCUGGAUACAGAGUGCCCCGAGGCAAAACGACUUAAGGUGGAGGAGCCAACCUUACUGUCAGACAAUGAAGAUGCUGUUGAUUGUCGGCAAUGGACACAGCACCACCUAGCAGCAGCAGACAUCCGAAUGCCACCUUCCAUGGCCCUAACCCCGCCUCAGGGAGAGUUUGAUACUGAUUGCAUGGAUGUGAAUGUGCGCGGCCCAGAUGGUUUCACCCCGCUGAUGCUGGCCUCUUACUGUGGGGGAGGACUGGACACAGGCCUGACUGAGGAAGAAGAGCAGGAGGACUCAUCUGCCAACAUCAUCUCGGACCUGAUAUACCAGGGGGCCAACCUCUGCGCACAGACAGACCGAACCGGAGAGACUGCCCUUCACCUGGCUGCCCGUUACGCAAGGGCAGAUGCCGCCAAGCGACUCCUCGAUGCUGGUGCCGAUGCCAAUGCUCAGGACAACACGGGGCGCACGCCUCUCCAUGCUGCAGUCGCUGCUGAUGCUCAAGGAGUCUUCCAGAUACUGAUAAGAAAUAGAGCCACAGACCUGGAUGCGCGAAUGGCUGAUGGUUCCACUGCUCUUAUUCUUGCUGCCCGUCUUGCAGUGGAAGGAAUGGUCGAGGAACUAAUAGCGUGUCAUGCUGAUGUCAAUGCUGUCGAUGAGAUUGGUAAAUCGGCCUUGCAUUGGGCUGCAGCAGUGAACAAUGUUGAUGCUACUGUGGUCUUGCUGAAGAAUGGCGCCAACAAGGAUAUGCAGGACAGUAAGGAGGAGACGCCACUCUUUCUAGCUGCCCGGGAGGGAAGCUUUGAAGCUGCCAAGAUGUUGUUGGAUCACUUUGCCAACCGGGACAUUACAGACCACAUGGACCGCUUGCCACGGGACAUUGCACAGGAGCGGAUGCAUCAUGACAUUGUGCAGCUGCUGGAUGAGUACAACGCUGUACGGAGCCCUCAAGGGCAAGGUGGACACAUGGGCAGCCAUUCAAUGUCCCCCCUCAUGUGCCCACCAAACAGUUACAUGACUAACUUAAAGCAAACUCCCCAGGGAAAGAAAGCAAGGAGGCCCAGCUCCAAGAAUUCAGGCUCUGGGAAUAAUAGCAACUUGACCAAGGACUCAAAGGAACCGAAAACGAGGAACAAAAAAUUGAGUCUGGAUUGCCAAGCGUCCCUCAUGGAAAGCUCGGUGACAUUGUCUCCAGUAGACUCAUUGGAUUCGCCGCGUGCCUACAUAACUAACCCUACGUCUCCAGUCAUGACGUCCUCUGGGAUCCUGCAUCCUGCGGGAUCCUUGUCUGUGCUCGCCAACCCCCCAGUGAAUGGUAUUCUGGAAGGUCCCUUCACUGUCUCCUUGGCCAGACUUGGUGAUCUUGGAGAUGCUGCUCAGAACACUGCCAUUUUAUCCAGGAACCACAUGCAGCCUCGUCUGUCAAUGUCACAAGUCACUGGCCAACCCAACUGCCUCCUUAAUGCCAGUGGCCUUGGUGUUAAUGUUGGCAUGGUGAGCCCCAUCACCACUGUACCCUUUGAAUGGCAAACGAGGAUUCCCAGCUCACAGUGCAACUCGGUAAUCAGCGUUGUGCAGCAGACCGCUGGGUCACAUGCCAACUUGCACCAGCCGAGUCAAGUCCUACAGCAUGGCUUGGUGCUGCAGAGCCACAUGUCCAUGGGGAAUGGACCUCAAAUGAUCAAUCAGCAGAGUCCAGUCAAGCCCCAAAACCCAGUUGAGCAGCAGGCAAUCUCUCAAGCCCCGCAAGUACAGCAGAGGUGCACUCCUUCCACCACCAGCCACUCCAUUCAGCAGAGCUUGCUGAGAAGCGAGAUGGCGCGAUUGCCAGACCACUGCAACCAGUCGAUUUCUCCUCAGGAAGCCCAGCCUCCGCAAGCCAACGUACCGCCAUUUUACAAGCAGCACAGCAACGCUGCCACCGAGGACUACCUGACUCCCUCCUCCAAACACAGCUACACAUCAGGCCAUGACAACACGCCCAAGCAUUACCUCCACCUGAAGAAUGAGCACCCUUACCUGACACCAUCCCCAGAGUCACCCGAACAGUGGUCCAGCCCAUCUCCACAUUCCAUGUCUGAUUGGUCAGACUCUACCCCCAGCCCGGCCAUAAUUGGACAUCAAGCUCAAAUGCAGCACAUGACUGAACAAGCAACCAAAAUGCAAGUUUUUGCGUAAAGUACAUCAUUUGUUCUUUUUAAAAAACAAGAGACGUCUCUAUAGGAUAUUAGGACCUGGGCUAUUAUUAUCUUUGUUACUGUUCCUCCUUUCAUCAUCUUAAAGUAACAGGAGCCAGCUCUGUCGUCAUCUUGGCUGGAUCUGCAAUGGAGGUCACCUCUUGGUUUCGAAUUUCAAAGGAAAGAUUUUGUUUUUUCUUUUUUCAGAAAGAAUGGUGAGAAGGAAGGUGUUCAAUUUGAUCCUGUCUCACGAUGGUCACUGCCUUUACCAUGUGUUUGUGAAUCAGCAAGGGCUGCUUGGUAAACCAUGGAGCCUGUUACGUUUUAUAUGUUCCAGCCCUCUUCAGAUAUAUGUGUCACUGAGCAUUAAAAGCCUUCUCUUCUUCCCCUCCAAAGUACUGGACUUCACCUGCCUCUUGCUGGUUUGACCAAUGCUGGGGAUUCUGGGUGAACCUUUGUACCUUCAGUUUUGCCAGAUUUUUGGCUGGGAGUGCCACCACCAGCCAAUGAGGAUCCUGGGAAAUUACCUCAGCAGAAUUUGGACAGGAGGACACAGAUGCUGCCUUUACUGAGUACGGUGUACUCCACACUACAUUAACUUAGGCUGUUACAGUAAGUUCCAUCUCUCUGGGACUCCAACAUGGCCUGAAGGCUUUCAUCUGCAAUCAGUAACCAUUCCAGAAUAACUGGCACUAAUUACACCUUCCCCCCCGCCCCCUCCAGCCCAAGGAGAUAGUGUUUCAAGCAACACAAAAGUUAUAAAAGACUUGUCCGAACCAUUGAAGCCUCAAGUGUAGGGACAUCCUAUCAUUUCAUUAUAUAUAAAGUGAUUAAUAUGGGAUUUUUAAAUACAAUUUCUUUCUCUCAUGCUGUUUGUUUUAAUCCUGAAUAAGCUUUUCUAAAACUUACUGCCACUGGAAAUUGCGAUGCUGCCAAGAAUAUCAUUAUAUGUUAUUUAACUGUUUCAAGGUUCAAAGGAACACUGUUGUUUGUUUUUGUAAUCGAGUUCUUCCGCUACAGGAUGGAAGCCUGAGAGAUGCUUCCGAGAAUUCUUCACAUGUCGUAGAAAUGGCAGAGUGCAUGUCAAGGCUCUGCUUCAAAACCUAACCCAAUCUAAGCAGAGAGUAGCAGAACAAAGCUCACUCGAUCAGCCAGUUUAAACUUGUCUAGGCUGACAUCAAGACAGCUCCCUGAUUACUUCACUUAUUCCCCAUGCCUCAAAAUGUCAACCGGUUUACAGGUUCAUGCAUGCCUUGAUGCAGAGCUCCUGCAUCAUGUUACUCUUAAUUUAUAUUGUAAUUUCUUUUCUUUUUUUUUAAAGAAAAUGAGAAAUGUCAAAAUGUCUAUACUUUUUAAUUGGAUAUAAUUUGUUGAAAGGUCAUGUUGAUAAUUGCUCUAUAAGAGAAAUUGACUGAUUAGUACCAAUUAGUAAUUAUGAAGCCUGUUUAAAAAUUAGCUCAAUAACUAGGCAUUAAGCAGAUACUCAGUGAGAGUGAAUCAAUUGUGUCUUUGAAGAUUUAAGAUUUGGCUGAAGUUUACUGAUCAGAGAAAAUUGUUCUGGGCACUUGUUCAUUCAGGACCAGAGCCCUACAGUCACAGGUAGAGCCUUGGAAAUGGGCUAUACCGAACUUUUCUCAGGCAGGAACUUGAGUUCCAACUAUAGCCAAAUCAGUUUAGAUUUCUGAAGUCUUUGUAAGUCAGUCCACUUGAGCCCAGUGGCUGAUAUUACAACAGCUAACACCUAAAUCUAAAAUAAAAGCACAAAGUGCAGGCAUAAUUCAGCUAGUCUGGAAGCAUCAGUGGAGACCAAAACAAAGUUAGCAUUUCCAGUCUGGUAAUCUGCCUGUGUUUUUUUAAAGUCCUAUUUUAAUAACUUGCUACAGUUAGCAACAGGAUUACAGACACCUCAUCUUUUUUGAAGUGGAGGAUCACUCCUGAACCUGAUGAUGCCCAGCAUUGAAAACCAGUGUUCAGUUUCACUGCCAGUUUUGUAGUCCUUCCCUCACGCCAAUCACAUCGAGGGCCAUUUUCACCAAGAGACAACAUGGUGCCAAUGAUAUCAUGUGCCACAGAGCUCUCAGAAGUAACCUUAGGUAAAGAGAAGUGGCUACAAUUGUUCAAAACAAUAGACGUUGCAGUUUCCCUAUUUCCAGGUACAAGUGCCCUUCAGAUAGCAAUUGUCAAUGGAGUAUGGGUCAAAAGAGAUUGCAUAGUUUCUGACUGAGAAGAGUAUUGUAGGACCAGCCAUUUCAAGAUGUUAACAGAAUGUGGACAUAAUUACUGAAGAGGUUUUAAUUUUUGAGUAUUUUUAUUUUCUCUUCAUCUUCCCCCACCCCAUGCUAUCUCUGCACUAUGUCCAAUGACCUAAAGGAAUAACACCUCAGAUAUUGGUCAGAUGAGAUGCGUUUCACAGCACGUUCAAAGGUUCCCAAUUCUGGUUGGAGGUAUUCCUGGAGGUGCCACCUCAUGUGACCUCCCAAAGCGCCCCACCCACUCUCCUGCCAUUGAUCACAGCACAUUCCUACUCUCAGGGUGCAUCACUUUUGACACCCAUCGGGAAACUCUUUCUGCUCACUGAUUAUUUAACUGUUUGUUAGCCAAUCCCUUGCUUAUUUCUUGAGACAUUUACAGGUAAAAACAAAGUUGAAAAUAUGAGAGAAAAAUGUCUUUUGUUUUCUUUUUCAUAACGCUCAUUGGGAUUUUCUCUGCUUUGCUCACCAAGUAUCCUGGAGUUAGCCUUUAAUAUCUGGCUAUUCCAGGAUGGUCCUCAAUAGCUGACAAUUCUAAGUUUGCACUGCUCACUCGCCUUGUAUUUACUGCAAGAAGAUAUUGAAAAAAUGUCACAAACUGCAACAAUGCAGCAUCAAACCCUGAGAUUAAAUGAUCUCAAGUUCCUGGGACCAGCAAAGACUCAAGAGGACCCUUAGCAACUGAAGAGGAUUUGUUUCUCUGUGUUGCUCAUCUUCCUCUCCAGGUGUGCAGCUAUGUUUGGUUUUUCCAGCGCUGAUUUAGUUAGAAAAGGGAAACUUGAAGAAGACACGAGUUCAGUGGUUCAAUUGCGUCACAUUAGAACACCUAUACAUUUAAUGGACUUGCCACUAUUUCUAAAUACAAUGCAGGAAUGAAAAUAACUGGACCUCUUCAGUUAGACCAAUGCAAAAUACAAAUGAUGACAGAGUUUAUCGUCUAUUUGGUAAGAAGAUCAGGCUUAUUCUAAUUUACAUGUCGCAUGCUUGUUGGGUAAGCAAGGAUAAAAUCUUCCACUGCCUCACAUUCCCUUCCUUAGAUCAGGGAGCAAUAUUUGUAACCUGCUCUCUCCAUCUGUUUUAAGAACAAAAGGAUCUUCACUAGAUCCAAUAGCCAUUCUUUAGCAGCCUGAACCUCAAGGUGUGGAGUCAGAAAGCCAGUCUUGAAAUGAAUGGAUCAAAAAUCAAAAUUUUUAUUCAAGUACUUGAGAGGUGCAUUGAGCAUUGCACUUGUCCCUUUAGAAGAAUUUGACUUCUGGGGAGUGCGAGGCAGUCAAUGCCUUUGGUUGGUAGGUGGAAAUCUUCCCUCUCCUCUCCCAAGCCUGUUUCACAUCUUAUGAUUCAUGGGUCAGCCUUACCCAUCUUCAAACCUGCCCCCUGUCUGAGAUGAAUGGUAUUUAUGUACAAAUAUUGGAGGUGGGGAAGAAGCAGUUACUCACAUUUUGCUUGGCCCCUGAAGGAGAAUGCAGACUUGUCAUUAUGGUCAGCUCUGUUGUUAUCAAGAUUCAUUGCAAGCCUUAAUCACUUCAUCACACACUGAGGAGAGGCCAGAAUUGGACCUUGUAUAUUUUUUAAGAAAAAUGUCUGAUUUUUAUUUUAUAAAUCACCCUGUAGCCCAUUCCCAAAGCCCCAGACAGUUGGUUAUCGGGGCUUGUGGGUUCAGGAGAGAAGAGGUAGGUGUUAAACCUAGAGAAGGAAUUAAGUUUCACGUGGCAAGUUGGGAAAAGGUGGAGUGGAGGGGUGAGGGUGGGAGGGAGGCGGGGGGUGGGAUAGUGGGUCAGGUGAUAGGCCGAGUGGGAGGGUGGGCGGGCAGGCAGGAAAAGUGGGGUUACAAGUGACGAGUCUGGGUGGGGUAAGGGUAAUGGGGUACAGAUAGGGAGUCGUGGAGCAAAGGAUGUGAGCAUGAGUGGGACAUAGGGUUCGGGUAAGUCCUGCAUCCUCUGAGGAUGUGACAGACGAGGUAAUGCUGAUUAAAAAUCAAGCAAAGAUGAAAUAGAGGUCUCACACACUGCUUGCAAAAAUGAGAGAGCACCCUGUUAGUUUGGCUUAUUUCCCUGCCUUAUUUGGGACUGAAUUUAUGAGGGACCUAUAUAUAUAUUUUAUAUAUUUUUUUCUCAACAUUCUUGGUCAGUAGCGCAGCUCGAACAGUAGAAUGUACAUUUAAAGCAUUAACGGUUUUUUUAAAAAAAAGCAAACUGUAAAUAAAUCAAAUUGAAGAACAAAAAAGAGCAUUUACUCAUUUCAAAAAUACUUGUUUGGAAUGUUUCAUGUACUCAAAUAAAAAGCUCCAUUUCUUAUUUAGUUGUUUAUCACAAGGAAUUACAGCCAACAUACUUGGUUGUUUGUUCUUAGAAGGACUCUUUGUAGACAUUUUAUAAUAUUUCAAGCCUUUUUACAAAAUUGUAGCUUUAAUCUGUACAGAAAAAGAAAAGUAUUUUAAGUCACAUCUUUUGUAUGCAGAAAAUAAAGGUUGUGAGGUAAAUAUACUUCAAAAAUAAAGCUGUAGGAAACUA